AUGGAAGACACUACAGUGAAUGAUAAUGAACCAAAAGUUAAAAAACAAAAGAAAGAAAGCGAUGAAAGUGGUGCCGUUUAUCCUCCUAUAUUUGGUCCUGGGCAUGCGCUUGAUUAUAACCUUUUUCAACUAUCAAACACACCUUUAACCGAAGCACAUCAACAAAAAGCUCUCGAACAGCUGGAAGUAUAUUUAAAAGCCCAACAAGAAACUUUCCUUGGUUAUCAAUUGAAUGAAAACGUGCAUUAUUCGAAAAAGCUUUCAUUCAUGCUCGAUAUUCAUACCAAUAAUAUUGGUGAUCCGUUUGUCAAUGGGAAUUGUACGGUUAAUACCAAGAUCAUGGAACGGGCAGUGCUCGAUUAUUUUGCAAGGUUAUGGCAUGCACCAACGCCAAGUACUCCAGAGAAUAAAGAAUCCUAUUGGGGUUAUGUACUGAGUAUGGGAAGUACGGAAGGAAAUCUAUAUGCCCUUUAUAAUGCUCGAGAUUAUCUCAAAGGUAAAGCGUUGUAUAAAGAACCCAAUAGUGAUUUAACUUUCGUUAGACCAAUGAAAGCAAAUCUUCAUUCGAAAAAUGCUUUUCAUCCGAUAGCAUUUUUCUCUCAAGAUACUCAUUAUUCAAUUACAAAAAUAGUUCGAGCACUUGAAAUUCGAACCUUUUAUGAAAUAGGUGAAAGAGAAUACAAGGGUCAGUGUCCAAUCACAUCAGAUGGUCAUUGGCCAAAAGAAGUUCCAUCUGAAAAUGGGAAUGAAGGACCAGGUUCAGUCGAUGUCGAUAAACUUAUUCAAUUAGUGGAGUUUUUUGCUCGUAGCGGUUCUCCACCAUUGAUUAUACUGAAUAUCGGCACAACAUUUAAAGGUGCCUAUGAUAAUGUCGAACAAGUGGGUCAUCGUUUAAAACCUAUCUUGGAAAAGUACAACCUUUAUGAGCGUAAGGUCGAGCAUGCUCCGGAUAAAUAUGAUAUUCGUACAGGUUAUUGGAUUCAUGUUGAUGGGGCAUUGGGCGCAUCAUAUUUACCAUUUCUUGAAAAAGCACGUCAUCGUAUACUUAUAAAAGAACACAUUCCCAAAUUUGAUUUCUCUUUACCAUUUAUUCAUUCGAUUGUCACGAGUGCACAUAAAUAUCCAGGUUGUCCAAUGCCUGGUGGUAUUUAUAUGACCAAACAUAAAUAUCAAAUUAAACCACCUGAUGAUCCUGAAUAUAUUGGUUCACCUGAUACAACAUUUGCUGGUUCACGUAAUGCAAUUUCGCCGGCCGCACUAUGGUGUUAUUACGCCAAUACUAGCGAUGAAAUAGAAAUCGCUAAAGCCAUUAAAGUCGAAGAAACAGCCAAAUAUGCCGAAACAAAAUUAAAAGAACUAGAGCGGAAUUAUCAUCGUUAUGGAUACAAAUUAUGGGUAGAGCGUACACCACUUGCAAUUACCAUAAGAUUUCGUGAUCCAUCCAAUCCAAAUAAUAAAGAUCCAAAUACGAAAGAUCCAGUUGUAUUGAAAUAUAGUUUAUCUCAAAUGGAAAUAAAAGUCGAUGGUGAAAAUGCACCGAGAAAAUAUGUUCAUAUUUUUAUCAUGCAAAGCGUAACAAAGAAGAUCAUUGACGAUCUUGUUCACGAUUUAGCCAAUGCAUAUGAUCAAAAUUUACUUUCAAAACAAGAGAAUGUGGGUGAUCAGAGUGUGUCUGUUUCGAGUACAACUGAAAAUCCACAUAUUCAUCGUGUAACGCAUGUACCGCUCGAUAAACGUGGUUAUUCUGGAAACUAA